AUGGUCGUCGGUCGGCUCGUGCUCUCGGGCGGCUUUGCCUUUGUGCCCGCCAUCAUCCUCACGACCGCCUCGUACUUUGUCGAUGAGCCACAAUGGCACCUCGCCCUUGCGCUCGCUGGCGCCGCGCUCGUUGUCUAUGGCACGCUCGUGCUCAUCGCGACGGGGCGCAACACGGACUGGGUGCGCGCGGCGGCGAUUGAGAACGGCGGCGACUGCAGCCUCGCCGAGACGCGCGAGGUCGGCCAAGUGCUCCGUCUCUCGCCCUACUUUGGGUUUCUCAUCGUGUUUUGGGCCGUGUACAGCCAGCAGACAAUGAACUUCAUCUUGCAAGGCUGCCAAAUGGACCUCCGCGUCGGCGAGACCCAAGUGUCGUCGGCGAUGCUGUCGAUGUUCGACUCGAUCGUCAUCCUCGUCUUUGUACCCGUCUUCAACCAGUGCUUGUACCCGGCGAUCGAGCGCUGUGGCGUCCGGCUUACCAUUCUGCGCAAGAUGGGUGCCGGCUUGGUGGUUGCUGCGCUCUGCAUGGUGGUUGCCGGCGCCAUCGAAGUCGCCCGGAAGGAAUCGCCGUUGCUCGAGGGACUCAGCUCCAACUGCGCCGACGCGUCCGAGCGACUGCCCAUGUCUGCGAUCAGCGUGUGGUGGCAGACGCCGCAGUACCUUCUUGUCGGUGUCGCCGAGAUCCUCGUGAGCAUUCCUUCGUACGACCUCUUUUACUCGGAGGUGCCCGAGUCCAUGCGCAGCGUGUGCCAAGCGCUCAACCUCCUCACGACGACGCUCGGGUCGGUCGUGGCUGGUGGCGUCAACAGCAUUUUCUCGUUUUGGGUCACAACCAACCUCAACGACGGGGCGCUCGAGCUCGUCUUUUACAUCCUCGCGGGCCUCGUGCUCCUCAAUUUGCUUGGCUUUGUCCUCGUCGCCCGCGGCUUCGAGUACCACGUGCCCGACCACUCGAAGCUCGACCUGGUCUCGGGCUACUCGCCGGCACUGCCCCGUGCGACACGUCGGUCGCGCAAGCCGUCCGGCGUAGUCUAA